AUGUCAGGAAUUAUUUCCAAAACUUUGUCAGAAGUCCACCCUGCUUUACGAACUGCGGGGAUGGGUAUUAGUAACACUCAUCGACGUAUUAGUUUAACAUGGUUACCAUCCAAUAAACAAAAUCCCCUAGUUAGAAAAUAUAGGAAAAAAGGUAGACGUAUCAGACAUAAUAAUAGAAGAAGAAAAAGAAGAGGUAGUAAUACUACAGAUCAAAGAAGUUUUCAUUCUUUAGCCGAGGAUUUUGGAUCAAGUGUACAUGAUCCACUCCCUGAUAUUGAUGAAAUCUUAGAAGAAGAAGGAAAUGAGGAAGGAUUGGGUACUAUUGAUAAUGAAUAUAGUCACCUCUAUCACGGUCCAAAUUACGUAGUAGAUGAUUACGAAGAAGAUGUCAGCCUUAGUAGAACUAUUUCCCUUCCGUCUAGAGUAUCAGAAGAUCCUGAAGUUUCUCCUCCUGAUGUCGAUUGGAUUUUACAUGAACAUGAGAGAAGAUAUUCAUCCACUCAUGGAUCCGAAUAUGGCGAUGAAAGUGCCGAUGAGCCUGAUAAUUUCCCAACUAGAGCAAUGAGAUAUAAUGAUUUUAUUAACAAAGUCCAAGCUCAAAAACAGUUAUAUAAAAAUGCUGCACAGAAUAAUUUACAACAUGCUCCUAGAAGAGCUUCAUUGAUUUCAGUAACUAGUCAAGGAUCAGUACCGAACAUUUUUCAAGAAGGCUUGGAUGAAGAGUCUCUUAUAGAGUUAGCCCAUUCAAAUGUUACUUUUAAGUCGGAGGCUAAAGUGUUGGCCUCGUAUUCGUUCCCAUUAAUGUUUACUUUUCUUUUAGAAGAUAUUUUCCCAUUAGUUUGUUCUUUAACUGUGGCUCAUUUAGGUAAAAAUGAAUUAGCAGCUGUUUCCUUAGCGUCUAUGACCUCCAAUAUCACAUUAGGUUUCUUUGAAGGUAUUGCCACCAGUUUGGAUACUUUAUGUCCUCAGGCAUAUGGUGCAGGGAGAUAUCAUAGCGUAGGUAUUCAUUUACAGCGGUGUAUUGCUUUUUCCCUAAUCAUUUACAUUCCAUUUGCCAUGUUUUGGUAUUUCUCAGAGCCAAUUUUGUAUUAUUUGAUCCCUGAAAAGGAAUUAAUAAAAUUAACAUCUGCUUUCUUGAAAGUGUUAAUCUUUGGUGCACCACCUUAUAUUUUCUUUGAAAAUUUGAAGAGAUUUUUACAAGCACAAGGUAUUUUUGAUGCUGGUAUUUAUAUUUUAACAAUAUGUGCACCAAUUAAUAUUAUUAUGAGUUAUACACUAGUUUGGAAUAAAUAUAUCGGGCUAGGAUUUAUCGGUUCUGCGGUAGCCGUGGUCUUGAAUUUCUGGUUAAUGUUCAUUUUGAUGUUGUUGUACAUUAUAUUUGUUAAUGGAUUAAAAUGUUGGGGUGGAUUUUCAAAAAGAGCAUUUACACAUUGGAAAGAUUUGGGCCAGUUAGCAUUCUCCGGUAUUGUUAUGUUAGAAACUGAAGAACUGUCAUAUGAAUUAUUAACAUUAUUCAGUGCUUAUUUUGGUACAGAAUAUUUAGCUGCCCAAUCUGCAGUAUCAUCAGUGGCUGCUCUUAUAUAUAUGAUUCCCUUUGCUAUUGGGAUAUCUGCUUCAACAAGAAUUGCAAAUUUUAUUGGUGCAAGAAGAACAGAUUAUGCACAUUUAGCAUCUAAAGUAGGCAUCACAUUUUCUUUUGCAGCCGGGUUAACUAAUUGUUCUAUGCUAAUCUUUGGUAGGAAUUUUAUUGCUGGUAUAUUUUCAAAAGAUGAAAGCGUAAGAAGCUUGAUUAGAAAUAUUUUACCAGUAGUUGGACUUGUACAAAAUUUCGACUCCUUAAAUGCAGUGGCUGGUUCAUGUUUAAGAGGUCAGGGUAUGCAGUCCAUUGGAAGUAUUGCUAAUUUCUUAGGUUAUUAUGCAUUUGGUAUACCUGUUGCUCUUUGUUUAAGUUGGUUUCUUGAUUGGAAAUUAUAUGGAUUGUGGAUUGGUAUUGGUUGUGGUAUGUUGACUAUUGGUACCAUUGAAGCUUAUUUUGUUUUAUUUCCAAAUUGGGAACGUAUUAUAUCUCGUGCAGAGAAAUUAAAAGAAGCAGAUGAAGAGACUGAUAAGGAUGAUGAUGAUGAUUCAUCCUCGUCUUCAGAAAGUGAGGUUGAAGAAGAAGAGGAACCUAAUGAAUUUACAAGACUAUUAUCAAAGUAA